AUGUGGGGUUCAUCCGAUUUGCCCGAUAUUGCUCGAGAAGACAUUAGGGUGGUUGUUGGAAUAGAUUUUGGAACCACAUUCUCCGGGUUCGCUUAUGCUAAUAAGAAAAAUCCGGAUGUAAUUGAAACACACGAGACAUGGCCAGAACAGAAAGGAGUACUGAAAACACCCACAGUACUACAGUACGACUCUGCUUGGACAGUCACUCAAUGGGGCUCUCCAGCUCUGGCUACUCGACCAAACCGGAAACGCAUGCAAAAUCAACAUGACAAGAGGCCUGUGGAAUUAUUUAAAUUGCAUCUAGGAAAUAUGAAGGAGAAUGAGAAACCUCCAUUACCAGCUGGGUUGGACUUUAAAAAAGCUAUUACAGAUUAUUUAAAAGAACUGAAAAAGCUAAUGACAGACGCACUUAUUACAAGAUGGCCGGGUCUUGACUUUAAUAGACAUGUAUUAAAAAUUAUGACAGUUCCUGCUGAAUACGAUGAACGUGCUCGAUACAGUAUGCGUAUGUGUUCUUACCAGGCUGGCUUGAUCGAUACCGUUAAUUCGGAUCUGUUACAGUUUACUAGUGAACCGGAAGCGGCUGCGAUAUAUUGCAUGCGCGUCUUAAAAGAACACGAUUUGAAAGAAGGAUCUACAUUCUUAAUUGUUGACUGCGGUGGCGGAACAGUAGAUUUGACAAUGCGCACACUUCAAUCAAUCGGCCGCUUGAAAGAAGUCACUGAACGUACUGGUGAUUUUUGCGGUGGCUCUUACGUUGAUGCCGAAUUUCUCAAAUUCCUUUCUCGAAAAGUGGGCGAAUCUGCUGUCGAACUCUUAAAAAAAAAUCACUACACACAGUUACAAUACAUGGUUCAGGAAUUCUGCAACAGGGUGAAAUUCGAAUUUACGGGAGAUCCUAAGAGAUACGCUACAAAAGAAAUGGAUCUCGAAGAAGUUUGUCCAGUAUUGAUGCAAUAUGUGAAAGGCGACUAUAAAGAGCGAAUGGAAGAGGCAGAAUGGUUGAUUGAACUGAACUUUGCUGCUGUGAAGGAUUUCUUUGACACAGUCGUUGGCAGAAUUAUUCGGUUAAUCAGAGGGCAGUUGGCAAAGGCGAAAGCAAAGGGAGUCAAAUGUCAAGCGAUGUUCUUGGUUGGUGGAUUUUCAGAAUCGCCUUAUAUCUUGAAAAGGGUUAAAGAAGAUUUCGGGAGAGAGGUCAAGACUAUUGCGGUACCGUCCGAGCCGAUAGCAGCUGUUGUUAGGGGUGCUGUGUAUUAUGGUCUCCAAAUGGAUUCGAUCCAAACCCGUGUCCUAAAAUCUACCUAUGGUGUCGAAAUCUAUCCCGAAUGGAAAUCCACCGACCCAACCACACGGAAAACGAACGAUGGACGCAUAUAUAAAUUCUAUCGUCUGGCUACCCGCGGUACCGAAGUCAAAGUUGAUCAACAGUUUGGCUACACUGCAUACCCGGUGUUUCCAACUCAGACUGGAAUGAAAUUUGAUAUUUACACUACGUCGGAAACGGAUGCUACAUUCUGUGAUGAGAGAGGAAUGUCGUCAUUUGGAACACUUGAAAUAGAACUACCUGAUACGAAUCUUGGAACAAAUAGGCCUGUGGACUUUACCCUGACAUUCGGUAAGAUGGAGACAAGAGCUACCGCCAAGAAUAAGACCAAUGGAAAGGUCUAUGAAGCAAAAUUCAAAUUGCAAUUGUAG